AUGAAGCACUUAAUUAAAGAUACUUAAAAAACUACAGAAGCUUCUAAUCCACCUAUAACAUAAAGAUUAAAAAGGGUCAACUCUCUUGGUAUUUUAGAAUCUCCUUUUAAAAACAAUAAUAACAAUAAAUUCACCUUCAACUAAACUUCUAUUAAGAAAGAUAAAUAUGAUAAAUUUAGAUAAUUUACUUCACAAUUAACAUCAAUAAAAUCUUAACUCUAAAAAUAUAAUCUCGAUAAUCUAGAUCAACAAUCCUAAAUUUAGUCUUGUUAUAUGAGCAAUUUAUCUAGCUAAUAAUCAAUUAAAUCAUUUCAAAAUUCAAUUAAGCGUAAGAGUUAAACCAACCUAGACACAUAUUAUCAAUUAAAUGACUCCCAAUUUUAUCGUAAUCGUGUGAAUAGUUCCAAUUAUUCACUUAAUAAAUUCAAAAAAUAUAAUAUUCAAACAGUUGAAGAAAUAAAAAAUGGAAGAGGCAGAAAAGUUUAUGAAAAUGGAUUUCUUUAUGAAGGCGAAAUGUUAGAUGGUCUAAGAUCAGGAAAUGGCACACUCAGAGAUUCUAAUUUAAAUAUCAUUUAUUAAGGAGAAUGGUUUAAUGAUCACUUUGAAGGACGAGGAAGAUUAAUCAACUUAGAUUAUUAAGAAGACAAAUUUAAUUUAAACAGUUUUAAAUAAUUUUAAUUAGUUUAACAUUAAUUUACUACUUAUGAAGGAGAAUUCAGAAAUGGGUAAUUCUUUGGGCAAGGUGUAAUGUCAUUUAAAUGUGAAGGUGAAUUAUUCAAAUUUAUUGGAGGAUUUUCAUAAGAUUUAUUCCAUGGUAUUGGAACCCUAUAAUAAAAUGAUUAAAUUAUUUUGUAAGGAAAAUGGAUUUAUGGAUGCAUGGUUUGA